AUGCUGCCCGCUCUGCGGGGUCCGGGGCGCCUCAAUAAAGAAACUGACCUGUGGCCUGGGCUCCAUGUCCUGUCUGGCCCUGAGCUCCUGGGCAGCACAGAGGUCUCAGCCACCGUCCACCUCUGCCGCUGCGUGGACUGGCCUGUGGCCUCUGGGCCCCUCAGCAACAGCAAAGCACCGACACUCCCCCAGCUGGUGACAGGUGGCGUCAGGACCCCGUGGGUCCCCAUGGGGAUGGGAGCCCCCGGCCGAGUGUGCCGGGCCCACCGGCUCUCAGCUCUGUCCUCACGGGCUGUGGGGCCUCUGCUGGGUGAUGGCGGAGGGGCUCAGAGACCUCCUGCCACCCCCCCAUCGCAGCCAGAUCCCUCUGGAGGGCGGGGUGACGGGGUGCAUGGACAGCCCUGGGCGGUCAGUGGGGCCUGGGCCCUGCAGGGUCUUGGCCAGGUAGGGCAGCCAGACAUCCUUCCGCAGGCGCUGGGCACCGUGGUGGCUCUGAGCAGAGGCCCGGGGCCCUCGCGUGUUAGGAGGAGGACCGGGAAGGGCAGCCUGGCGGUCAGCCUGACUCUCCCUGAGUGCCAGCCCCCACGCCAACCUCCCACGCGGGCCCCCACGGCCGUGUGGCCUCUUCACCACCAGGGGGAGGCAGAGGGCCGCUCAGCAGAACUGACGUGGCCCGGAGGAACCGUGCUCCCCUCAGCUGACACGGUGGUGGGCUGUGUGUUCGGAGGCUGUUCCCCGGGGGCUCUCCUGGGGCCCACACGCGGGCCUGGGGCCUCACCGACGGACUUUCACGGCAGAGGCGACCCUCAGACCGAGGCCUGGCUGCGUGGAGGGUCCGGGGUGUUGAGGGGAGCUCAGGGUGGGGAGUGGGUGGCGUGGCUGCAGGAGGAAGGGCGAGGUGGCCCAGCAGGGGCUCCUGUCUGCCAGACCCCGAGCCCACCGGGAGCCUCCAGCCCGGCCUCCUCCCUCUGCUGCCGCCGGAGGCUCCGCCGCCCCGGCCUCCCCUCCACCCGGGGCAGACGUGGGGCAGCCCUGACCGCCCCUCGCCUGGAGCCCCGCCCUCCACAAGCCUGGCUCCUCAGAGGCUCCCUGAGCCCCCGGCUGCCCACCACCCUGGCCCAUUUGGGGCUCUGGAGGUCACCCUGGUUUAGGUGCUUUGUCUCCUCGCCCUUCCUGGGCCUGAGCUUUCUCACCCGGGGAGGGGCUCGCGAUGCUGCUGGGCGGCCCCGGCCCCCGGAGAGAGCCGGCCUGAGCCCCGGGCUGGCACCAAACUGCUGCAGGGAGGGGGGCUGCCGCCCGGGGCUGGAGAGCUGCGUGGGCUCAGGGGGGCAGAGCGCCCACAGGUGGGCGGCCCCUCCUGCCCUGCUCGGACCUGAGGGAGCCAGGGAGGGACAGGGCAGGGGUCAAGGCCUGGGGGUUCCUGGGGCAUCUCAGGGCCGGCGGCCCCACCUCCCGAGCCCAGAGGGCGCUCAGCCUGGGGAGCCCCGGGCCCCCUGGAGUGUCAGAGAGAGGGUCUCCCUCUGGGGACCCCCUCCCAGCACAGCCCGUGGGCAGGAGUGGGGGACGAGCACGCACACGAGGCCCCCGUGGCUGUAAACAGCGGAGACCUCAGCGGGGUCCCGCGGCCUCCUUCACCCCCGAAACCCCCACUGGUUCGUCCCGACCCGCUUCUCAGCCAUGUCCCCGGGGCUGGGGCCCGCGGGGCGUGCCCGGGGCAGGAGCCUCGGGCUGUGAUGGACCCUCCCCCGGACGGCCCGGGAUCCCUGCGCCCAGCCCCCAGCCACCUGCACUCCCACCCUAGAGGGAGGAAGGGCCCCCCUGGAUCAGAGGCAGGAGGAGGAGGGGUCAACAGGGCCGUCCUUGGGUGGGCUGGGCGGGGCGGGGCGGGGCGGGGCGGGGCGGGCGGCUGGGGCGGGGCCCGGCCCUGGGGCUAGCGUGCAGGCGUGGCCUCGGGAAGCAGGCCCGUCUCGGGAGCCGAGGAGUCAGGUGAGCAUCACUGCCUCUGCCAGGAAGGUGAGUGGGUCCCGGAGCAGGCCCAGGCCACACGGCGGGCGUGGCGGGGCCUGGACUCGUGUGUCCUUAGCCUCCAUCUGGGAGGUGUGAGGGGCAGAGCCUGGACCCGCUGAAGGCCCCGCCCCUGUCUGGGGCCUCACUGCGGGGGGGCCCUGUCUGGCCGGGCUGGGCGGGGCGG